CUUUCUUCCUCCACUGCUUUAGUCAUUCAAAUGUGUUAUUAGUCAAGCCCUAGUCUCUACCCUAUCCCUCUCCUACAACUUCAUCUUUUCCUGCUUUAUUCCUCUCACCAAAUACAUAUUCAAUAUUAUGGAAUAAAGAUCACCUAAAGUUUCUUGAUAACUUGCAAAUAUAACCAAAACCCUAGCUUGAUUGACCAACUUUUUGACACUUUGCUACUUAAAAAACCUUAUACAUGUUUCCCAAAAGCAACAUCAAUGACCCUUUUUCCUACUCCUCACAAGAAUUGCUUAAACAUUCUUAUACACAUGAUGCUUAUCAUCAAAACCCUAGUUCAACUUCAAUAAUAGUAGAAGAUCAUCCAUUUUUCUUGAAUAACUUUCCUUCUCCAUUUCUUGAUGAACAUGAAUCCCCAUUAAGCCAAAUCUUUUCCCAUCAACAACAACAACAACAACAAGAGCUAGAGGCUAGUGAUCACUAUCAUGACACUGAAGGUGAUCCUAACACUUCAAGAUUUGGACGUGCUAACGUGAAAAUCAUAGAAGACCAGAGUUCAAAUCCCAGUGCUGAGCAUGUAUCGCCAUCAUCAAAGAAGAGAAAACUAAGUGCAAAGCCUCGAAGGAGAACAGGAAAAAAGGAUAGGCAUAGCAAGAUUUGCACAGCUCAAGGUGUGAGAGAUCGAAGAAUGAGAUUAUCACUUCAAAUAGCGCGUAAAUUCUUCGAUCUACAAGACAUGUUAGGGUUUGAUAAGGCAAGUAAAACUAUAGAAUGGUUAUUUUCCAAGUCCAAGAAUGCCAUCAAAGAGCUCUCAAGAAACAUACCACAAGAGAUCAAUAAUAGUAUAGGUGAUCAAAACAACAUAAUGAGUGAGUCCCAUAUAUUGGAAUGUGAAGAUCAUCGAAAAUUGAGAAAAAUGGAGUUAAAGGAGAAGCCUAGAGCAAAGGCAAGGGAGAACACCAAAGGAAAAAUGAUGAUCAAAGGCCACAAAAAGGGCAAAGAAAUGUAUGAGGCAAACCCUAAAAAUGUCAAUAAAUUAGGGUCAAACUCUCAAUCUCUUGAAAAUAAAUUUGCUAAUGUUGGGAUCAUGGAAAGUUAUUUAGGGGGUACAAGUUCUUCAAUUAGUUCUAUAUUUGAUUAUCAGAAUAGUGGAGUCAGAGGAGGCAAUAUAGAUUAUUUUGACAAUUGUUACAUGGGAUUUCUUGAAAAUUGGGACAACAAAAAUUCCAACAUCAGCUGCAGUACUACAACAACAAACGAGGUACAAAUCCCAUUUGCAGGUAAUAACAACACUAGCUCAAUUUAUUUGGACAAUUCCAGGUAUCAAUUUCAGUUUCUGGACCAAGAAAAUCAUUUCUCCUGCAGACAUUAGGACUGGAAUAAACUGUAAUUUCAUACUCUAGAUUUUAUUGUGUUACUAUAUCUUAUGUUACAACCUGUUUUUUCUCCUCUUUUUUUUUGUUGAUUUAUGGAAUAUGGCAAAGUCUGGUAUUUUGAACUUUGCUGCUUGAAUGUAGAAAGACA